UACUGAUUUUGGAUGAUCAGCCAAGAUCAUAUUGAAUGGCAGUGCUGGUUCGAAGAGCCGAAUGGCCUCCUCGUGCACCUAUUUUCUAUGUUUCUAUGGUUCCAAUAUUCCGCUCAAGAAGGCGACCUGUAUUGCGAAUUCCGCACGGAACACGAAGACCUCGAUGUCACAAUCUGCUGCCAUCGCAACCUGAAACAAAUCAAAAUUGUGCUGACACAACUCCCAACAGGAAACGUCUGCCACGUGUCAAAGCUGCGGUGAUCCCAACCCGGCUACCGCGAGCGACGGCAGACGAUCUCGUCCCUGGCACUUUAAACGGGAAGAGCUCAGGAGCGUGAAAAUGUCCCGCUUGUGAAUGGCCGCUCUGCGGUGAACCACAGCUGAAGGAACUAAUGUUCAAAAAAAAUGUGUGAAUGCCAGGGCAAGUUUGAUGAUGUCCACGCCAAGCUUCACGAUGCUAUAAUGAGAGGUGACCAGGGGAACAUCACAGCCCUGCUUAAGGUGCAUCCUGUCAAUGAGCCCAUAACCAUCUGGAAAAACUGCGCCAUGGUGCCCAUGUAUGAAAAUCAGGCAAGUCAAGCAAGGCAUAGAACUGUACAGCACAGGAACAGGCCAUUCGGCCCACAUUGCCAUGCUGAACAUGAUGCCAAUUUAAACGGGUUGUCUAUUCUCCCGAUCCAUUUGGCCGCAACGUAUCGAAAGGCAAGGAGCCUGGAGUGCUUAAUUCAACACAAGGCUGAUCUGGAGGCAGAGGAUGGCAAGGGUCGCAGGGCGCUGCACCUCGUCCUCAUGCACUGGCCCAACACUGCUCGCGACCGGCUGGUACCCAAGACCAAGUUUGAGAAGGCGAUGGCAGCCAUGCAGGGCCGUGCCGAGGCUUGCAUGCGGUUGCUGUGCCAGCACGGCGUGGAGGUGAACGUCAAGGCCGGCGUCGAUAGCCGGGACGGCCCGCUGCACCUGGCGGUGCGGCACGGAGCAUGGCCGGCGGUGGCGGUGCUGGCCCGGCACGGAGCCGAGCUGGAGGCCGCCGACCAGCACGGCCUGACGCCGCUGCACAUGGCCAGCGGGCUGCUGGACCGGCAGCUGACAGAGGAGCUGCUGGGCCGGGGGGCGCGGGUGGACGCCCGCGUACCGGGCAGCGGCAGUACACCGCUCCAGCUGGCGGUGGGAGCCGCCUCGGGCAAAGCCGGUCGAUAUCUGGGAGCCGGACUGGACUGCGUGAGGGCCUUGCUGGCGGCUGGAGCGUCGGUGGACGCCCGGGACUGGCGGGGCCGGUCGGCGGCCCAUGAGGCCUGCUUUGGCGGGCGGGAGGAGGUGGUCGACCUACUGCUGGAUCACGGAGCCGACCUGAGCCUCUGCACCGAACAGGGAGAGUCACCCCUCGCCCUCUUCCUGGAGCGCCGGCCCAACCUGCGUUGCCGCCGGCUGCUGGCCAAGGUGCUCAGCCUCUCCUGCCCUCCCCGCAUCCACGGAGCCGGCGGCGGCCUGCCCAGCGGCCUGCUCGGCCCCGAGUCGCGCCGCCACCGAGAGUUCCUGCAGGCCCUGUGCCGGCAGCCGCCUGCUCUCCGCAACCUGUGCCGUGUGGCGGUGCGCAGGGCCCAUGGGCGGCACCAGGCCCAGCAGCUUCUGCCCACCCCCGUCUGGCGUUUCGUCUACGGGCACCAGGGCUAUGCCGAGGAGCUGGAGGAAGUGGCUGGAGGGCCGGACGAGCGGCAGGAACCAGAGGCCCAGGACCGACUGGACCAUAGGAUCGGCGGACUGCACCUCUGAACUACCCUCACUCCUCACCCCAGUGAAAGCUCAGCCUCCCGCCACAUUAACUGACAAGAACAUUUAAAAUUUUCAGUCCUCCCCACCUCCCCUCUUUUUCAAGACAAUCUUAGGCUGUGAGUCUUUCCACCCAACAAUCUGAAAGGGGCAUUACAGGUAACAGGGACUGAAUUAAGACAUAUGAGCAGAAUUAGCCCAUUCGGCCCAUCAGGUGUGCUCCACAAUCCGAUCAUGGCCCAUCUAUUUUUCCUCUCUCAACCCCAUUCUCAGGCCUUCUCCCGUAACCAUUGACUAGAACCUAUCAAUCUCCGCAUUAAAAAUACCCACCCACCCUCCUUUAUGCCGGUCUGCAUCAGCAGAGACAAACUGCUUUUGUUCCGUGCCUGCAAAAUCUAGAAAUCAAAUAGGUUUUAAGUUGCAAAUCUGGAGGAAUGGGUGAGGGAAUUUCAGUGGUAUUUGGGUGGUGGUGGUGAAAGCAAAAACUGUAUCCGGGAUCUUUUCUGCUUAUAUACAAGACUUCUCUGUACCCAACAUUAAACCUGGAUGUGCGGAGGUAAUAUAAAUGAAUUAGCAUUGA